AUGGAAUCCGAUUCUGAUUCGGACGCCUCUCACAUCUCCGCCACACCUCCGAGUUCGCCAUCAACCUCGGCCGCCGGUACCCCAGCAAUGGCGCGCCGUGGCAUUCUUCUCCCCACCACAUCAAGAAUUAGACAAACCGCAGUUUCCACCUCAACCACUUCGAGAACAAUUCUUCAGCCGAAGAUCUCUAGGAAGCACAGGAGUCCACCUCCGAAGCACGAUCCGUCUGAAACAGAACCCUCUCACUCCUCCCAAACCGCGCCCAAUUUUUCCAUCCAAAUCAAUAAAUCAGACGUUCCGAGGGACAGGUAUCGUGGUGCUACUCUUGUUCAUGGAGGCCAUUGCACAUCGAAGUUUGCAUCGUUCGCGAAAGUUCAAGGUAAGAAUCUUAAUUUCGAGCCUGAUAAUUCAGCUGAGAGAAAAAGUGGGAUUUAUGUUGAAGAAGGGGCUGGUUUUGGAGAUGAAGAUGAGGCUGAUGGUAAGGGGAUUUAUGUUGAAGAAGGGGCUGGUUUUGGAGACGAAGAUGAGGCUGAUGGUAAGGAGCUUAGAGUGAAAAAGGUGAGAAACAAUCUUAACUUUAUUGGGGCUCAUAAUUCUUAUAUGCUGCCGGCAAAAAGGGCUAAAACUGUCGACGGGGGAAAUUUUGUUAAGCUCAAUAUCAAUGGUUAUGGGAAGAAAAAGUUCAAGUACAAGAAUAGGAGGACGAGCUUUACUUCGUCCAGUAGGCAUCCAAAGUAUUAUAGAGGAAGUAAGGGAGGUCUACGAGGUGGAGAAGAAGAAGACGGUGUAACUGAUGGAUAUGAUAUAUUAGAGGAUAUCCAAAAGCGGCAGGAAAAAUCAAGCUUUCAAGCUGAAUUGAUCGAAGAGGCUGUGAAGAGGGUAAGAAAUGAGGCAUCGGAUGAUAAUUUGCUGAAGCUACUGAAAUUGACACAUGGUUACGAUUCAUUUAGGGAUGGUCAGUUGGAAGCUAUAAAGAUGGUGCUUUCAGGGAAGUCAGCAAUGCUGGUGCUGCCAACAGGCGCUGGCAAGUCGUUAUGUUACCAGUUACCAGCAUUGGUGCUGCCAGGUGUCACACUUGUGGUCAGCCCUUUAGUGGCUUUGAUGAUUGACCAGCUCAGGCAUUUGCCUCCUGCCAUUCAGGGCGGUCUCUUGUGCAGUAGUCAGACGGCAGAAGAGGCUUCAAGGACUCUGAAGUUGCUGCAACAAGGAGCCUUAAAGGUCCUAUUUGUUUCGCCGGAAAGGUUUUUGAAUGCAGAAUUCAUUUCCAUCUUUUCUGACCCUACAUUAUUAUCUAUCGUGGUUGUUGAUGAAGCCCACUGUGUUUCAGAGUGGUCACACAAUUUUCGGCCUUCAUAUAUGAGGCUUAGAGCCUCCCUGCUCCAUGGUAGGCUUAAUGCUGGGUGUAUUCUUGCAAUGACUGCAACUGCAACAAACAAAACAUUGCGUGAUGUGAUGCAAGCGUUAGAAAUUCCUCCAACAAAUCUUGUUCAAGCAACUGAAUUAAGGGAUAAUCUGCAUCUUUCAAUUUCUGUUAGUGGGAAUAGAACGAAAGACUUGCUUGCGCUGUUGAGGUCUUCUCCAUUUCUAGAUAUCAAAAGCAUCAUUAUCUACUGCAAAUUCCAGGCUGAAACUGAGAUCAUAAGCAAGUACCUCUGUGACAACAAUAUCUCUGCAAAGAGUUACCAUAGUGGCAUUGCUGCAAAUGAUAGAAGCCGGGUACAGGAUUUGUUUUGUUCAAACAGGAUAAGAGUGGUUGUUGCAACUGUAGCAUUUGGCAUGGGACUUGAUAAAAGUGAUGUUGGAGCUGUUAUCCAUUAUAGCUUGCCAGAAAGUUUGGAGGAGUACGUCCAGGAAAUUGGCCGUGCUGGACGUGAUGGUAAAUUGUCUUAUUGCCAUCUUCUUUUCGAUGAUGCAACUUAUAUCAAGCUUCGUAGUUUGAUGCACAGUGAUGGUGUGGAUGAAUACGCUGUCAACAAGUUGCUCGGUCAAAUUUUCAAGAGUGAGAGAUUGUCAGCUGAAGGAGUUUAUUCAAUGAUCAAAGAAUUAGCAUGUCGUGAAUUUGACAUGAAAGAAGAGGUUAUACUGACGAUUUUGACCCAGUUAGAGUUGGGCGAGGUGCAGUACAUACAUUUGCUUCCGCAGAUGAAAGUAACUUGCACUUUAAAUUUCCAUCAGACUUCACCUACGUGUCUUGCAGCUAAAGAUACCGUGGUUGCUACAAUUUUAGAGAAGUCUGAGAUUAAACAUGGACAGUAUAUGUUUAACAUUCUGUCUGUGGCAAAUGGCACUGGAAUGCAUGGUCUUGACCUGUCAAAUUACUUGCAAAGUCUAAAGUUGAAAGGGGAAAUUGCAUACGAAUUGAAAGACGAAGCCUUUUGUUAUACAAUCUUGGAGGUCCCAAAAGAUAUCUGUUCUUUGGCAGGUCGGUUGACAAAGUGGCUUAGGGAGGUUGAAAAUUGUAAGGUUCGCAAGAUAGAUGCAAUGUUUAAUGCCGCAAACUUUGCUGCCAGAGCGUGUGACAAUGCAUUUGGUUGCCAUAAACAUCAACAUACGCCUUGUAUGCGAAGGACGAUUCAUGAGUACUUCCAAGGGGGUAGUGAUGUGACUGUACCUAUUCAGAUGGACCGAAACAGUCGGUUUCUGCAAGCAGAUAUUAAGGUUUUUCUAAAAAGUAAUGCGCAGAUGAAAUUUACUCCGAGAGCUGUUGCAAGAAUACUGCAUGGAAUUUCGAGUCCAGCUUUUCCUUCAACAACUUGGUCACAAACUCAUUUCUGGGGAAGAUAUGUGCACGUUGACUUUGGAGCAGUAAUGGAGACAGCAAAACAAGAACUCAUGAAUUUUGCUAGGAACGUGACUUAG